CGCACGCAUGCGCAGACGGGUGUGUUUUCAUGUUAGCAAACGGGGCUACAUUUAAUGUUUAAUUUUCUGGAGACUGCUGAACAUGUCUGCCUCUAUGGUGGCGAGAGCGACGGUCAGAGCUGUCAGUAAAAGAAAGAUAUUAGCUACAAGAGCCGCGUUAACUCUGACUCCUCCUGCUGUGAAUAGGAUCCGGACCCUACUGGAGAACAAGCCAGAAUACAUUGGUCUGAAGGUGGGUGUGAGGACGCGGGGCUGUAACGGAAUGACCUACACUCUGGACUUCACCAAGCAGAAGGAUCCGGCUGAUGAGGAGGUGCUGCAGGACGUGGACUGGAACCACCGGUCCUUGGUCUGGUAGUGGACUGGAACCACCGGUCCUUGGUCUGGUAGUGGACUGGAACCACCGGUCCUUGGUCUGGUAGUGGACUGGAACCACCGGUCUUGGUCUGGUAGUGGACUGGAACCACCGGUCCUUGGUCUGGUAGUGGACUGGAACCACCGGUCCUUGGUCUGGUAGUGGACUGGAACCACCGGUCCUUGGUCUGGUAGUGGACUGGAACCACCGGUCCUUGGUCUGGUAGUGGACUGGAACCACCGGUCCUUGGUCUGGUAGUGGACUGGAACCACCGGUCCUUGGUCUGGUAGUGGACUGGAACCACCGGUCCUUGGUCUGGUAGUGGACUGGAACCACCGGUCCUUGGUCUGGUAGUGGACUGGAACCACCGGUCCUUGGUCUGGUAGUGGACUGGAACCACCGGUCCUUGGUCUGGUAGUGGACUGGAACCACCGGUCCUUGGUCUGGUCGUGGACUGGAACCACCGGUCCUUAGUCUGGUUGUGGACUGGAACCACCGGUCCUUGGUCUGGUAGUGGACUGGAACCACCGGUCCUUGGUCUGGUUGUGGACUGGAACCACCGGUCCUUGGUCUGGUAGUGGACUGGAACCAACAAUAGUAAUGAACCAAUACAGGAGGGUUUCACCAGUCCCUAAUGAUAAUGAACCAAUACAGGAGGGUUUCACCAGUCCCUAAUGAUAAUGAACCAAUACAGGAGGGUUUCACCAGUCCCUAAUGAUAAUGAACCAAUACAGGAGGGUUUCACCAGUCCCUAAUGAUAAUGAACCAAUACAGGAGGGUUUCACCAGUCCCUAAUGAUAAUGAACCACUCAAGAGGGUUUCACCAGUCCCUAAUGAUAAUGAACCAAUACAGGAGGGUUUCACCAGUCCCUAAUGAUAAUGAACCAAUACAACAGGUUUCACCAGUCCCUAAUGAUAAUGAACCAAUACAGGAGGGUUUCACCAGUCCCUAAUGAUAAUGAACCAAUACAGGAGGGUUUCACCAGUCCCUAAUGAUAAUGAACCAAUACAGGAGGGUUUCACCAGUCCCUAAUGAUAAUGAACCAAUACAGGAGGGUUUUACCAGUCCCUAAUGAUAAUGAACCAAUACAGGAGGAUUUCACCAGUCCCUAAUGAUGAUGAACCAAUACAGGAGGGUUUCACCAGUCCCUAAUGAUAAGGAACCAAUACAGGAGGGUUUCACCAGUCCCUAAUGAUAAGGAACCAAUACAGGAGGGUUUCACCAGUCCCUAAUGAUAAGGAACCAAUACAGGAGGGUUUCACCAGUCCCUAAUGAUAAGGAACCAAUACAGGAGGGUUUCACCAGUCCCUAAUGAUAAGGAACCAAUACAGGAGGGUUUCACCAGUCCCUAAUGAUAAGGAACCAAUACAGGAGGGUUUUACCAGUCCCUAAUGAUAAUGAACCAAUACAGGAGGGUUUUACCAGUCCCUAAUGAUAAUGAACCAAUACAGGAGGGUUUUACCAGUCCCUAAUGAUAAGGAACCAAUACAGGAGGGUUUCACCAGUCCCUAAUGAUAAUGAACCAAUACAAGAGGGUUUCACCAGUCCCUAAUGAUAAUGAACCAAUACAGGAGGGUUUCACCAGUCCCUAAUGAUAAUGAACCACUCAAGAGGGUUUCACCAGUCCCUAAUGAUAAUGAACCAAUACAGGAGGGUUUCACCAGUCCCUAAUGAUAAUGAACCAAUACAGGAGGGUUUCACCAGUCCCUAAUGAUAAGGAACCAAUACAGGAGGGUUUUACCAGUCCCUAAUGAUAAUGAACCAAUACAGGAGGGUUUUACCAGUCCCUAAUGAUAAUGAACCAAUACAGGAGGGUUUUACCAGUCCCUAAUGAUAAGGAACCAAUACAGGAGGGUUUCACCAGUCCCUAAUGAUAAUGAACCAAUACAAGAGGGUUUCACCAGUCCCUAAUGAUAAUGAACCAAUACAGGAGGGUUUCACCAGUCCCUAAUGAUAAUGAACCAAUACAGGAGGGUUUCACCAGUCCCUAAUGAUAAUGAACCACUCAAGAGGGUUUCACCAGUCCCUAAUGAUAAUGAACCAAUACAGGAGGGUUUCACCAGUCCCUAAUGAUAAUGAACCAAUACAACAGGUUUCACCAGUCCCUAAUGAUAAUGAACCAAUACAACAGGUUUCACCAGUCCCUAAUGAUAAUGAACCAAUACAACAGGUUUCACCAGUCCCUAAUGAUAAUGAACCAAUACAGGAGGGUUUCACCAGUCCCUAAUGAUAAUGAACCAAUACAGGAGGGUUUCACCAGUCCCUAAUGAUAAUGAACCAAUACAGGAGGGUUUCACCAGUCCCUAAUGAUAAUGAACCAAUACAGGAGGGUUUCACCAGUCCCUAAUGAUAAUGAACCAAUACAGGAGGGUUUCACCAGUCCCUAAUGAUAAUGAACCAAUACAGGAGGAUUUCACCAGUCCCUAAUGAUAAUGAACCAAUACAGGAGGGUUUCACCAGUCCCUAAUGAUAAUGAACCAAUACAGGAGGGUUUCACCAGUCCCUAAUGAUAAUGAACCAAUACAGGAGGGUUUCACCAGUCCCUAAUGAUAAUGAACCACUCAAGAGGGUUUCACCAGUCCCUAAUGAUAAUGAACCAAUACAGGAGGGUUUCACCAGUCCCUAAUGAUAAUGAACCAAUACAACAGGUUUCACCAGUCCCUAAUGAUAAUGAACCAAUAGAGGAGGGUUUCACCAGUCCCUAAUGAUAAUGAACCAAUACAGGAGGGUUUCACCAGUCCCUAAUGAUAAUGAACCAAUACAGGAGGGUUUCACCAGUCCCUAAUGAUAAUGAACCAAUACAGGAGGGUUUCACCAGUCCCUAAUGAUAAUGAACCAAUACAGGAGGGUUUCACCAGUCCCUAAUGAUAAUGAACCAAUACAACAGGUUUCACCAGUCCCUAAUGAUAAUGAACCAAUACAGGAGGGUUUCACCAGUCCCUAAUGAUAAUGAACCAAUACAGGAGGGUUUCACCAGUCCCUAAUGAUAAUGAACCAAUACAACAGGUUUCACCAGUCCCUAAUGAUAAUGAACCAAUAGAGGAGGGUUUCACCAGUCCCUAAUGAUAAUGAACCAAUACAACAGGUUUCACCAGUCCCUAAUGAUAAGGAACCAAUACAGGAGGGUUUUACCAGUCCCUAAUGAUAAUGAACCAAUACAGGAGGGUUUUACCAGUCCCUAAUGAUAAUGAACCAAUACAGGAGGGUUUUACCAGUCCCUAAUGAUAAGGAACCAAUACAGGAGGGUUUCACCAGUCCCUAAUGAUAAUGAACCAAUACAAGAGGGUUUCACCAGUCCCUAAUGAUAAUGAACCAAUACAGGAGGGUUUCACCAGUCCCUAAUGAUAAUGAACCACUCAAGAGGGUUUCACCAGUCCCUAAUGAUAAUGAACCAAUACAGGAGGGUUUCACCAGUCCCUAAUGAUAAUGAACCAAUACAGGAGGGUUUCACCAGUCCCUAAUGAUAAGGAACCAAUACAGGAGGGUUUCACCAGUCCCUAAUGAUAAUGAACCAAUAGAGGGUUUCACCAGUCCCUAAUGAUAAUGAACCAAUACAACAGGUUUCACCAGUCCCUAAUGAUAAUGAACCAAUACAACAGGUUUCACCAGUCCCUAAUGAUAAUGAACCAAUACAACAGGUUUCACCAGUCCCUAAUGAUAAUGAACCAAUACAACAGGUUUCACCAGUCCCUAAUGAUAAUGAACCAAUACAACAGGUUUCACCAGUCCCUAAUGAUAAUGAACCAAUACAGGAGGGUUUCACCAGUCCCUAAUGAUAAUGAACCAAUACAGGAGGGUUUCACCAGUCCCUAAUGAUAAUGAACCAAUACAGGAGGGUUUCACCAGUCCCUAAUGAUAAUGAACCAAUACAGGAGGGUUUCACCAGUCCCUAAUGAUAAUGAACCAAUACAGGAGGGUUUCACCAGUCCCUAAUGAUAAUGAACCAAUACAGGAGGGUUUCACCAGUCCCUAAUGAUAAUGAACCAAUACAGGAGGGUUUCACCAGUCCCUAAUGAUAAUGAACCAAUACAGGAGGAUUUCACCAGUCCCUAAUGAUAAUGAACCAAUACAGGAGGGUUUCACCAGUCCCUAAUGAUAAUGAACCAAUACAGGAGGGUUUCACCAGUCCCUAAUGAUAAUGAACCAAUACAGGAGGGUUUCACCAGUCCCUAAUGAUAAUGAACCAAUACAGGAGGAUUUCACCAGUCCCUAAUGAUAAUGAACCAAUACAGGAGGGUUUCACCAGUCCCUAAUGAUAAUGAACCAAUACAGGAGGGUUUCACCAGUCCCUAAUGAUAAUGAACCAAUACAGGAGGGUUUCACCAGUCCCUAAUGAUAAUGAACCACUCAAGAGGGUUUCACCAGUCCCUAAUGAUAAUGAACCAAUACAGGAGGGUUUCACCAGUCCCUAAUGAUAAUGAACCAAUACAACAGGUUUCACCAGUCCCUAAUGAUAAUGAACCAAUAGAGGAGGGUUUCACCAGUCCCUAAUGAUAAUGAACCAAUACAGGAGGGUUUCACCAGUCCCUAAUGAUAAUGAACCAAUACAGGAGGGUUUCACCAGUCCCUAAUGAUAAUGAACCAAUACAGGAGGGUUUCACCAGUCCCUAAUGAUAAUGAACCACUCAAGAGGGUUUCACCAGUCCCUAAUGAUAAUGAACCAAUACAGGAGGGUUUCACCAGUCCCUAAUGAUAAUGAACCAAUACAGGAGGGUUUCACCAGUCCCUAAUGAUAAUGAACCAAUACAGGAGGGUUCCACCAGUCCCUAAUGAUAAUGAACCAAUACAACAGGUUUCACCAGUCCCUAAUGAUAAUGAACCAAUACAGGAGGGUUUCACCAGUCCCUAAUGAUAAUGAACCAAUACAGGAGGGUUUCACCAGUCCCUAAUGAUAAUGAACCAAUACAACAGGUUUCACCAGUCCCUAAUGAUAAUGAACCAAUAGAGGAGGGUUUCACCAGUCCCUAAUGAUAAUGAACCAAUACAGGAGGGUUUCACCAGUCCCUAAUGAUAAUGAACCAAUACAACAGGUUUCACCAGUCCCUAAUGAUAAUGAACCAAUACAACAGGUUUCACCAGUCCCUAAUGAUAAUGAACCAAUAGAGGAGGGUUUCACCAGUCCCUAAUGAUAAUGAACCAAUACAGGAGGGUUUCACCAGUCCCUAAUGAUAAUGAACCAAUACAAGAGGGUUUCACCAGUCCCUAAUGAUAAUGAACCAAUACAGGAGGGUUUCACCAGUCCCUAAUGAUAAUGAACCAAUACAGGAGGGUUUCACCAGUCCCUAAUGAUAAUGAACCAAUACAGGAGGGUUUCACC